AUGCCGUCGAGCAAGAACCAACGCGUAAUACGUGAAAAAGAAUCAAAUGCCAUAGAACGGAACACGAUCGAAGGAGACGAUAUGGAGUCAGAACCGGUGAUGGUACCAUCUGAUCCAUCGGAAUGGAAUUCGAAUAACAUUGCAUCAUGGAUUACAUGGUGCAGCAAUGUCUUUUCUAUAAAACCAGCGCCAAGCAUGACUAAAUUCCCAUCAACUGGCAAGGAACUAUUAAAAUUAUCGUCGGAUUAUUGGCAAACUAUCCCUGGUGGAAAAAUCUUGGCUCGACACCUUGGUUACCUCCAAUUCCAAGCAACUGGCAUACAAAUACCGGAUUUGUUGCAAGAGGAGAAUAUCGACGAGAGGUUCAGCCUCCUCCAACGAACUUGCUCUCUGAUUGGAUCGACAGCUGGAGCCAGCGGUUCCGGGGCGGUCGGAGGCGGACAGGUUCAACUCUGGCAAUUCCUGCUGGAGCUGCUCUCGGAUUCGUCGAACUCGUCGUGCAUUGCGUGGGAGGGCUCGAACGGGGAGUUCAAACUUACCGAUCCGGACGAAGUCGCGCGCCGAUGGGGCGAACGGAAGAGCAAGCCGAACAUGAACUACGACAAACUGUCGCGUGCACUCAGAUAUUACUACGACAAAAAUAUCAUGACAAAAGUACAUGGGAAACGGUAUGCGUACAAAUUCGAUUUCCACGGUUUGAUGAUGGCUUGUCAAACACAAGCAGGUGUCACAUUGGAGGCGCCACCGUCAUCUCGAGGUACAGGAACAAAUUGUCAUCCUCACCAUUCGCAUCAUUUGUAUCCGACCGGAGCAUCGAAUUCGCAACAUCCAUCGGUAUCAGGACCUCCACCUCCGCCACCGCCACCACCUCCGCCACAUUACUGUUGGCCUUAUCACAGAUACUCUCCACCAACAUAG